AUGAAGAAAACGUUUGAAUAUGAUGAUAAACUUCCAUCAUUACCCUUACCAACAUUAGAACAUACACUUGAACGUUAUCUUGAUUCAGUACGAGCUGUUGUCAAUGAUGAUGAAUAUGUUAGAACUAAAAAAAUUGUUGAACAAUUUGCUAAAGGAAUUGGACGAGAAUUACAUGAACAAUUGAAAGCUGAUAUUGAAAAGCAUCAGGCAAGAAAUUGGCUUGCAAAAUGGUGGGAUGAAGAAAUAUAUUUAAAAUGGCGAUUACCAAUUGCACCAACUAUUAAUAUGAUGGGUUUUAGUUGUUUACUACCACCUAAAGUUGAUUCACAAUUAACACGAGCAUGUAUACAUAUUUAUGCAUGUGCUCUUGUUUUUGAAACAAUAUACGAAGAACGUUAUCCAAUAUCAUAUAGGGGUAAAUAUCCAUUGACAAUGUAUCAAUUCAAACAUUUUUUUAAUACAUGUCGAAUUCCACAUAAAGAAUGUUAUGAAUUAUUGUCCAUUUCAAAAUAG